CUAAACCGGCGCUACAAAACACAUGAUCAUUUAAAAACCGGCAAAAGUUAGUGCACAUAACCAAACGAUUGGAUUUAAAAAUAAUGGCUGUGUUUUUUAAUAAUGACUGCACGUAUGGCUGCGGCAAAACGUUUCCUACUAAAUCGUACCUGAUUCAUCACAUAGAAUCGACACAUUUAGAUUUUGAUAUUGAAAUGGAAGAAUAUGAGAGUGAAAUACAAGCUGAUUCAUGUGUACCUCUUAGUUACAUACUGAGGUAUUCUUCGUUUGAAUGUCCGGAUCUAUCAAGUGUCGCAAAUCGUGAGGGCAUUUUCAAUCAUUCCGCGCAAACUGAAAAUCAGAUUUCUUUGGAGCCAUCGACGAACGAUACUGAUCGUUGUGUAGAUGUCAAAUCUGAUCUAAUUUAUGACUCCAACAAUAACGAUAACUUUUGGGUCACAACACUUUCUGAGUAA